GCGGGGAGGGAGCGCGGGGCGCAGGGCCGGACCGGGCCGGCGGCGGGGGACCGCGCUGCGGGUCGCCGGCAGGGCCAAGCCGGACCGGGGGCAGUGUGGCGGCGUAGCCGCGGUCGCCGGGACUCGCCGAGGGGGCGUCGGGCGCGACCGAGAGAACGGGCGAGACUCGGCGGAGCGUUGUCCAGCUGGGCGCCUGGGCCGCCGCGACCUCCGGUUCUCGGGGGACUUGGCAGAGGAGACCCGCCUGCGGGAGGGAGCGAGAGGAACAGGAUCUUCAAGCUCAAAAGGUGCUGAAGAACUGAGCCCCCUGCCCACUGAGGCCACCACCCACGGCCAGGUGGGGCCAUGGCAGGGCAUGGCUGUCUGGGGCUGUUCUGCUGGGUCCUGCUUGCUGUUCCUGUGGGCCCCCAGCCUGUCUCCUCCGUCUCGGGUGUCCCUCUCACCACUUUGACCCCACCACCUCAGAGUGAGGCCUCUAUGCUGUCUCUCAACCUGGGACUUAACUUCAAAUUCCACCUUCGGGGACCUGCUGCUGCCUGGGGGAUCUCUGUCACAGAGACCCAGCCGCUCUCUCCUGGGCCCAGCCGGGAGCCAGAGGAAGAGGUGGCCAGGGGGCUGAGGACCGACCCCAUUUGGGAACUGCUGGUGGGCUCCCUUGGGAACUCCCCCCCGGAGUGGGGCUCUGCUGAAGGCAGCUCUACGCCCUGGGCCUCCUCCCAGUCUCCAGAGUCCACAUUCCCCCUCUCUGGGCCCACUGACCGGCCCACUGCUCCCUAUCAGCCCGGGAUGGGCACUGUCACCUGGGACACUGCUCUGACAGCUACGGCACCUCCAUCCAGUCCUCCCAGGCUCCGCCAGAGCGAGCUGGAGCUGAAGUUUGACAUGGCACUGAGAGCAGGCGCAGCCCCCACGCUUGGGCAUCGAACGCUGCCCCUGCUGCCCAGCCUGCGGGCCAGCCUGGCAGAGAUUGCUGGGCGCUUGGGACCCUUUGGGUUCUUCGGCACUACUCUGUCCCCGCUGCGGAACUUCUCAGGCCCAAGCCCUCUAGGCCCCACUCGAUCCCCAAGCUCUGCCUCUAGAGUUUCCGAUUCUCCAGGGUUCUUUGGCACCACUGUGCCCCCAUCCCCCACCCCCCUGGAGAGAAAGCUCCCAAGCUCAGGCCCUUUGGACCCAGCUGCUUCCCUAAGGUCUGUCACGGUUGCAACAGCAUCACUAGACCCCACCAGGCCCACCUCUGGCCCGGAUGACCCCUCUCCUGCCAGCCUUGGGAAGCCUUCCGUGCAGCCAGAGUGUGGGCCAGGGUCCUGCAGCGUGGGAGAAUUGCCUGAACGCGAGGGGCAGCCUCCUGUGGCCCCGAGGGCCCUCUUCUUCCUGACCCUGGAGGCCGACUGGGCAGAGGCCAGAGCUCGCUGGGGGCUGGCCUGGGAGGCCCACGUGUACGGGGUAGGCACGCUCUUCGGCCUAGUGGCCCUGCUGGCGCUGCUGGCCCUAGCCCUUUUGCCCUGGCGCUGCCCGCCAGGCGCCCCCUGCCUGGCGCUGCUGGACCUGCUCCUGCUGUCGGCCGGGACCACGCGGGCCUUCCCGCUCUUCUACGACGCCUAUGGGCACCGCGACCGGCUGCCCCCGCUCGCCUGGCUGCUGCUGCAGGACCUUCCGCUGCCCUGCCUGGCCGCCGGCCUGGGCCUGGCCUGCCUGCUGCUGGCCCGGCCGCGCCCGCCGCGGUGUCCCGCCGGGCUGGCCGCGCUCCUGCUCCUGGGGCUGGGGCUGGCGGCCGCCGCCGCCCUCGGGAGCGCGGCCCACCGCCCGCUGCGGCCCCUGCGGCUCGCCUCCCGCGGACUGCACGCCUUCCUCGCCGCCCUCCUUUCUGGGCUCCUGCUGGCGCUCUCCUGCUGGGGGGGAAGGCGGCGGCGGGCCGGAGCGCCCCUGGGAGGGUCUGGUUUCAAGGGCGCCACCCCUCUGCCGCAGGCGCGCAGCCCCUUCGCCCCGCGCGAGUCCUGGCGGCGCGCGGCCCGCACAGCCCCGGUGGCGGGCACCUUCGGGCUGCUGAGCGGAGCCCUGCAGGGCUACGAAGUGCUGCACGCCCUGGGCUAUGGCGGCCAACCUGGCCUGGAGGGCCCCUGGCCCUGGUGGGCCUUCCAGCUAGGCCUGCGCUUGGGCGAGGUGGGCGUCGCGCUCCCGUUGGCGCUGCUGGGCCUCUACCCGGCGCUCUGCAGCCCCCGUGUGCCGCCGCGCUGCUGGGCCAAGCUCUUCCGCCUGUCCCCGGGCCACGCGGCCCCGCUGCUGCCCGGGGGCUGGGUCACCGGGCCCCCCGACAAGGAGCCCCUGGGUGGCGCCAUCGCGCGUGGCGACGCGGAGCUGCUGCAGCUGUGCGCCCUGGCGGGGCCGGGCCCCGACCUCCUACUCCAGGGAGGCGGCUGCCGGGGCUUCGAAGGCGCGGCGGCCAACCCGGCCCCUUCUCCGGCCUCCUCCCCCUGCAGCGAUUACACCGUGGAUUUCCGCCCGCCCUCCCCAAUCAACCUGCGGCGCAGCAUUGAGGAGGCCCUCUGCAGCGAGGCCCUGCUCACUCCCGGCCUUUUCCAGGGCCCUGCCUACGGGGAAGCCUUGCCUGGGCUGGGCCUCUACCGCACCGCCUCGUUGGGGGCGAAGACCGGGGCCGGACCCAAUGAGAGGUCUGAGGAGGCCCUUGGCUCUCCCGCACCGCAGGAGCUCCCCUCUCCCGGGGCCUGGCCCGCGGGCAGCAGCGCCUCUUCCGGCUCACUGUGCGGACUUUCGAGGGACAGCUCGUCCAUGCUGCUAUGCUCCAGCCCCGACAGGCCUCCACGCUGUCCGCUGGUCUGCGUCCUCAGUCCCCCGCGGCCCUCGGGAAGCAGCCCUAGCCUCCCGGGCUCAGGCUCUUACCAGGCCCUGUCCCCACCCUCCCGCGACUCCCCAGAGCCUACUCUUGAGCUGCAGGCCGCAGAAGCUCUGCUGCAGGAGCAAUUCCUGGACGCCUGCCGACAGAUCGACGAGCUGAGCGUGGGCAGCGACACCAUAGACCUGUGAAGAGGCGCCCCCCCUAGGUGCACCAGCCUACGCCCCCUCCUGGCGCCUGUUCUCCCCGAGACCUGCACACUGUAACCCUUCCUCAAUCCUGCCUGGCUCAGAUACCUCUCCCCGCUUCCUUCUCCAUCCAGGGGUCCCUGGGUGGGUGGGUCAGCAGCCAGGCUCUGUUGAUUGGGAAUUAGUGCCACCUCCUCUGGAGCCCUGGGCUCUGAUGCCCUCUGCUGCAAUUCUAGGCUGGCAGGGGUCCCACUUUCCUUGGCAUUCACCAGCAAUAAAGCCCCAAGGUGCUCCACUCCUGACCACCACUCCCCACUCUGGUGCUGAGUGAGAGGGGCUGUCCUCAGAGGACCUCGAGACCGGCUUCAGUCCCCAAACCCACCUCUGCCAUACCCAGGAAUCCCAUUCCUGUAUGAGUGAGCCUCCCUGUCCCCCAUGUGAUCCUUCCCCAUAGAAGGGUCCAUAGCUCAUCUAGGAGACUCUACAGCAGUUGGGUGGGAGGUGAACGCUUUCAGAGUUAAUUUAUCAAUAAAAUA